AUGAGAAAAAACAGACUAAGAACGUGUUUGCUAGUGGGAGGUCUUGCCCUGUUGGUCCUCCAUCUCUGUAAAGAUUUUAUUGACCACAAAACCAUCAGCCUCCAAGUAGCUGUGAGAGAGGAUUACAGUCAAACGAAGCUGCUACCUUCCAAAAACAACUCUUAUGUAUAUUCCUGGCCAAGAUGUCAACAAAAUGUCUCCGCUGCUAGCAUUUCAGGCUUCAGCUCUCUUCCUGGCAGUAUAAAAGACUUCCUCUCCUAUCGCCACUGUCGCCAUUUCCCCAUGCUACUGGACAUUCCUGACAAAUGUGGAGGAGUUGAUGGAUCUGCAGAAGUCUUCCUUUUCCUAGUCAUUAAAAGCUCCCCUGUGAACUAUGAACGCAGAGAGGUACUGCGCAAAACCUGGGCUAAAGAGAGGUUACACAAUGGUGUGUGGAUCAGAAGGAUCUUCAUCUCAGGAACGAUGGAUGCAGGUUUUGAGAAGGAGAGACUGAACAAACUCCUCGAGGUGGAGCACCGUGAGUACAAUGACAUCCUUCAAUGGGACUUCAGUGACUCAUUCUACAACCUCACUUUGAAGCAGAUUCUCUUCCUGGAGUGGAUGGACAGAAACUGUCCAAACGCUCGCUUUCUGCUAAAUGGUGAUGAUGACGUCUUUGCCAACACAGACAACAUGGUUGAGUAUCUUCAAAGCCUGAAGGACAAUAAUGGAAGUAAGCACCUCUUUACUGGCCAUCUGAUCCAGAAUGUGGGCCCCAUUAGAUCAUCAGGGAGCAAGUAUUUUAUCCCAGUUCAGGUGCAGGAGUCAAACUCAUACCCCCCCUACUGUGGUGGUGGGGGCUUCCUCUUAUCUGGCUACACAGCUUUGGUCAUAUACAAAAUGUCUCAGUCCAUUAACAUUCUUCCCAUUGAUGAUGUUUACAUGGGGAUGUGUCUGGCUAAAGCAGGGCUUGGUCCUGAUUCCCAUAUGGGUGUGAAGACAGCAGGACUGCACAUUCCCUCCAGCACACUAGAUGGAUAUGACCCUUGCUUUUAUAAAGAGGUUUUACUGGUACACAGAUUUCUUCCUGCUCACAUGUAUCUUAUGUGGCACAGAAUACAUGACCCCAAACUGAAAUGUAGUAAUUCUGAGAAGAAGCUUUAG